CUGCAGAUCCAGAUGAAAGUCCUAGCUGGAGUGAUCUCCUGCCUUUUCCUGUCUUUGUUAGUUAUGUGCAUUGUAUUAAUUCCUUCAAAAGAUCAACACAAAGGAAAUAAUUCUAGGCCUUUAACAUUAGAAGAAUAUCUGGAUGGAGAUUUUAAUUACAAAACAUUUUCUCCUUACUGGAUUUCAGGAAAUGAAUAUCUUCAUCAGUCCGCAGAAGAUGAUGUAAUUCUUCACAAUGUUGAAUCUGGGCAAUCAGACAUUCUCUUGACGAACAGCACACUUAAAAAAGUGAACGCCACAAACUAUAUACUAUCAGCUGACCGUGAAUUUAUACUGUUGGAAAGCAAUUAUUCUAAGCUUUGGCGUCACUCUUAUACAGCAUCCUAUCACAUUUAUGAUCUUAUAAAUGGAGUUUUUGCCACAGAAUAUGAACUUCCACAUAACAUUCAAUAUGUAUCCUGGUCACCCGUUGGACGCAAAUUGGCUUACGUGUACCGGAAUAAUAUCUAUUUGAAACAAGAUCCCAGAGAACCUGCUAUUCAAAUAACCACCGAUGGUUAUUGGAAUGAAAUAUUUAAUGGAAUUCCUGACUGGGUUUAUGAAGAGGAAAUGCUUGCUGUAAAAUAUGCUCUCUGGUGGUCUCCAAAUGCAAUGAACCUGGCAUAUAUACAGUUCAAUGAUACUGAAAUACCAGUUAUUGAAUACUCAUAUUAUGGUGAGAAUCAGUAUCCUAGAAAAAUAACUAUUCCAUAUCCAAAGGCUGGAGCUAAAAACCCUACGGUUAGGGUAUUUGUUAUAGACACUACUAGCCCUGAAAGUUCAGCUCCGAAGGAAAUACCUGCUCCAGCCAUGAUAGCAUCAAGUGAUCACUAUGUCACUUGGAUUACAUGGGUAACAGAUAACCGAAUCUGCGUGCAGUGGCUGAGAAGGAUCCAGAACUUCUCCCUAUUAGCCAUCUGCGACUACAACAGCCACACCAGAGCCUGGAACUGCCCAGAGAAUCAGCAGCGUAUAGAAGAGAGCCACACAGGAUGGGCUGGUGGAUUCUUUGUUUCAGGUCCAUAUUUCACUUCGGACACCUUUUCAUACUACAAAAUUUUUAGUGACCAGGAUGGUUACAAACAUAUUCAUUACAUCAGAGACUCAGUGGAAAAAGCAACUCAAAUCACAAGUGGAAAGUGGGAGGCCAUAUACAUUUACAGAGUAACAGAUGAUGCAAUAUUCUAUUCAAGCAAUGAAUUUGAAGGCUAUCCAGGAAGAAGGAAUAUUUACAAAAUUGACCUUAGAAGAAAUCCUCCAACGAAGCAGUGCAUUACUUGUCAUUUAAGAAAAGAAAGAUGCCAGUACUAUGCAGCAAGAUUCAGCUUCAAUGCUAAUUAUUAUGCAUUAAUCUGUUAUGGUCCGGGCAUCCCCAUUUCUACUAUUUAUGACAACAGAUAUGACAGAGAAAUUAAAGUUUUGGAAGACAAUACGAAUUUGGAAUCUGCUCUGCAAAAAAUCAGAAUGCCUACAGUGGAAAUUAACAAACUAGAAGUGAAUGGUAUUAUUUUAUGGUACAAGAUGUUGCUACCUCCAGGGUUUGAUAGAUCCAAGAAGUAUCCUCUUCUCAUAGACGUUUACGGAGGACCUUGCAGUCAAAAUGUGAAACCCACUUUUAGUGUUAGCUGGAGAACGUACCUCACAAGCAAAGAAGGGAUUGUGGUGGCCCUUGUGGAUGGCAGAGGAACCGCCUUCCAAGGUGAUAAGAUGUUGCAUGCAGUGUAUCGAAAACUUGGAGUUUAUGAAGUUGAUGAUCAAAUCUCAGCUGUAAGGAAGUUUAUAGACAUGGGAUUUAUUGAUGAAAAAAGAAUAGCCAUAUGGGGCUGGUCCUAUGGUGGAUACGUAGCGUCAAUGGUACUUGGGUCUGGUACUGGAGUGUUCCAGUGUGGAAUAGCAGUGGCUCCUGUUUCCAGCUGGGAAUAUUACGCAUCCAUCUACACAGAACGAUUUAUGGGGCUUCCAACAGAGUCUGACAAUCUUGAGCACUACAGAAAUUCGACAGUGAUGGCAAGAGCUAAGAACUUCCGUAAUGUGGAUUACCUUCUCAUCCAUGGAACAGCAGAUGAUAAUGUACAUUUUCAGAACUCAGCACAGAUCUCCAAAGCCUUAGUCAAUGCACAAGUGGAUUUCCAGGCAAUGUGGUACACUGACCAGAACCAUGGAAUUCCAGGCCUUUCUCUUAAACAUCUCUACAUUCAUAUGACCCAUUUCCUCAAACAGUGUUUUUCCCUGCCUUAAGGAGGAGAGGUUUCCCCCUCCACAUGCCUACAUAUCAAUGAGAAUAAUUUAUGCUUUGCUAUAAAGCCAAAUUUGCUGCACAGACUAAGUAUAUUCUAAAGGAAGAGUUAGAAAGUGAGAAUUAAAGAAGGCUUGAUGUUUACAAUCUUUUAUUGACACUUGUGCAUUAGCAGAUAAUAUGACAGUUUGUUAUCGGGUACAUUUAUUUGUUAGGAAACAAAUGAAUAAAAAUAAAACUUGUAUUUUAACGGCUACACAUUUUGCUUCUUUCACCCACCAAACUUCAAAUCUAGCUUCUUCUAGAUAGAUGCAUUCCU